GUCAACAGGUGACUAUAUAUAUAACUGCAGGGUCCCACAAUGUAUAUGGCUGCCAAGUUUAGACGAUAAAGUGAGCCUGCUUAAACCCGUGUAAAUAUGGCGGGCAGGGCGGAGCAGGCCUUCUCUCCAGACUUUACCAAUACUCUACGGAGGCCCGGGGGUGGGAAACGUCUGGACCUCCCCGCCCAGAGAUGUACGACAUGUGGUCGUGUGUUGAACGUGAUCGUUGCUGUGUUUACAAUCAUAAUAGUUACAGAAACCCUGAUCAGUGCAUUCCUAUUUCCAAGAUGGCCACCAGAGGGAAACAACGUGUUUUUUGCAGUUACGAUAGUUUUGAUAUGCGCUUCCCAUAUUAUUCAGAUUUACUGGUACAGACAAGGUGAUGUGGAACCCAGAUUUAGGAGAAUCGUCAUUUACAACGCUUUCACUAUCAGUUUACUAUGCGUGUGUGGUAACUUUUAUAUGCACGGCUUUGGAGUAGGAAACACGUGUGGGAAAGAUAACUAGAGUUGUCGCCCCUACACAGCUAUUGAAUGUUAGAUUCAGACUGAACCUCAGAAGAUAACGUCCCUUCUCAGACAAAGGCUUUGUCCGACACAAGAAAAGUAGGAAGGGCGCUUCUGCAAAAAGUCCAACAUGAGGAAUUUCUAUUUUAUUUUCCUUGCGCAUGCUUUGUCUGAAACGAGGAAUCUUGGGAGACUAUGAAAGCUUGCCUUGCACGGGCAAGCUUCGGACAAAAUUAAUAUCAAGAUCUGUCCAUCUACACUGCACGAGUAAAGCUUUGUCCAACACGAGAAAUCUCGGGACAUAUGUCUUAACUUGUACAGCUUUGCUCAACGCAAGAAAUCUCGAGAUAUAUCUUAACUUGUAAAGCUUUGUCCAACACGAGAAAUCUCGGGAUGUAUCUCUUAACUUGUAAAGAUUUGUCCAACACGAGUGAUUUCAGGAUAAAUCGUUUUUAUAAGGUAAAGCUUUGUCCAAUACGAGAAAUUUCUCAAUCGUCACAUACAUGACAUACAUGACGAUUUCCAGUUUGCAUAUUUAACAGCGGAGGCAUAACAGUCUCACUCAUGAUGUAUUCAUUCCUAUUUUUCGUCUUGUCGGAUGCCCUGUUGAUAAGGACUUCUUCAAAUUGUGUGGGAAAACGACGCAUAUUAUAAUUUUGCAAGUAAUCAAACGAACACAUUCAGUUACCUUGAACCAUAAAACUACAAGGAUGGAUAUAGAUAAAAAAUUAAAAAGAUAUUAUGUCUAAUUGAAUGAAACGUGAUGUUAAAUUUACACAAAGUUGUAAUUUAAUAGUCUCGUUCUAAACGAGCGUUUACUUUUGAAGUAUUUUCAUCUUGUUUCGUGUAUCUAUUAGCAGAAUCCCUAUAUCGUCUAUCUGACAAAACCAUUGUUCCAAUAAAUAUCUCGUCUGUCACGUCCGUGAUUGAAUUACCUAUACACCCCCAUUGUAAUACCUGCAUAUUGUAACAUGUUUUAUCCAUUUGAUAUUGGUAGUACGAUCAUGGUUGUGGAUUUCUUGUGAUACGUAAUUUAACCUGUCUCCCACGUGAUCUAUAUCCAUGGUGAUUUGUUGUUUCCGUUAUACAAAUGUAUAUGUUUUGCAAAUAUAAUUUAAUUCCGUGUAUAUGUGUGAUUGGUGCCAUUGGGGUGUGUUCCAUGGCGAUUUGUUGUUUCUCAUUUGUAUAUUCGUAAAUAAAAUUUUAAUUGAACACAAAAAAAGUCCGGGUUGUUACAUGGA